AUGAAUGAUACAACGAAUUCAAUGCUGGAUCCGGGUAUUUCGUCGUUGAUCGAGCUCAACAAAUUAACCGGGGAACUAACUUUUAAAAGGCGCAUAGAUUAUGAAGAAUUAGCCAACAAGACUCUGCAGUUUCAAGUUCAGGCAAUCGCUGGGGAAGCGGAGGAUAAACGAAUGAGUUUAGCGACAGUGAAACUCGAUAUAUUGGAUGCCAACGACAACAGUCCAACGUUCAUUGAAGAGGAGUAUAAAGUAAAAAUAUCAGAGUCCAUUCACCAUCCGGAUGUUUUGGUCACAGUGUCAGCAACAGACAAAGAUUCUGGGAAAUUCGGACAGAUCUUGUAUUAUGUUUCGGGCGAUGGAGCUGAUCUAUUCGUCAUCGAUGAUCCAACUAAUGGAAUAGUCCGUGUGGCUCCGAACGUUUCGCUUGAUCGAGAGAAACAACCUAGUUACACCUUUACUGUCAUUGCUGCGGAUCAACCGCAAGGCAGUGAAGAGCAAAAGCGCUCCUCUGCUUUGGUAAUGGUAGAACUGAUUGAUGUGAACGACAAUGCUCCUGCUUUUACCCAACCUUCCUAUACUGCCGUUGUUCCGGAGAACGCCCCGCUCGACUGGAGCGUCUCCCAAGUAGAAGCCCUAGAUCCUGAUCAUUUAUAGUUGAGGUAAAAUGAAAUUGAAUUAAAAUUCCUAGUCAGUUUAAUGCAUUCUUUCAUUCGGAUAAGUUUUUAAAUUGAAUUCUAAAUUCUAGUACAUACUGUUAUUAUUUCUGUUUGCCCGGAAGCGGGUUGGAUCCGAAGACUGGUGGGCGGAAUGGGCAACUCACUACAUAUUUUUUUCUUUUUUUUAGAAUAUUUGCAUAAUCGUAGUCACUAAGAAGAAAUAACACAAUGAUUGGAACUCUGAACGAUGACGAUAACAUCCCAUGGUUCUUAUUUGAACUUUUUUCAAUUCUGUUACUCGUUCGAGUACACCUCGUUAUCUUUUCUUACAAUGGAAACACUUAAUACUAUAAAUAACAAACACUAAAAAUAAAACAAUUAAAAUGACGAAAUAAUGUACGAUGAACAAUGAUCUAUAUGUCUCAAAAUGUUGUGCUUCAUUAUGUAGUUGUUUACUGUAUAACUGUUGGUAGUUGUUUAUAACUAUUUGUAGCUGUCUUAAUUUCUUAAUUCUUAUCACGUAGCCAUUGCAGUGGAUCAACAGCAUAGGCCUAUCUACAGCGAUACAAAGACGAAGUUACAGUUUGACCUGGGCUGGUUUGGUUUUACACUUUUCCUGCUGUAUUAUACGGUUACGUCUUUUUUUCAACCAUCAACAGAGAAAAAUCAGGGAGAAAAUUCUUGACAUGUGCAACCUAUUUACAACUGCUAAGUGUAAAAGUAAAAAAACUAGAGUAAACAAAUUAAAUGCAAUAAAAAGUGUUGAAAUAA